GGAACAUAUAGAGAAAUGUCUACUAAAAAAUAGGUUCAUGGAGGAAAAACUUCAAGAUCAAAUAGCAAAUAGUCUGUAUCUAACCCUAUAUCAGUUCGAAAACGGUUUUCAUCAUUAUGUUCACCGUAAUUUAUUUUAUCUAAUCUUUGCUAUAGCCCUAACAAUCAAACAGAAUCAACUUGCGUCUUUUGCUAGAAAUUUAAAAAUUAAAAAGUUGAAUCCUAUGCUCCUCUUCUUAAUAAGGCUCUAUUUGCUAAAUAUUCAUCAUCUCAAAACUACUAUUAUUCAAAAGACAUUAAUAAUAUAAUUGAUGAAGAAUCUACACCAGCUGUUGUAUUUUAUAGAGAUUUGGAAUGCAUAGUAGAGGAAGAAGAAUAUUUGAAGAGGUAUUCAUUAAUUCAUUAAAAGAUCAUAUGCUAAAAAAGAGGCAACUUCUAAAACAAAAGCCUUGCUUGAAUACUACAAAUAUCAUAAAGAUAUACCACGUCUCUUUAUGCAAAAGGUUUACAUAACUAUUAAUAAAUUUCAUGAAAAGAAAAGAAGAAUUGAAUAUGGAAAUAUUAAAAGGAAAUUGAAUAUACCUGAUGAAGAUAUAGUAAUUUUAAUUUCCAAUAUCUUAGUAACCAUCAAAAAAAAAAGAAAAAAAGAAGUAAAAACACAGUGAUGAAGAUUUAACAGUUGGUUAAUUAAAACAUCUAUUAAAGGAUUUGAAAUUAGAUACAAAUUCUUAUCUCUAAAAACAUGUUGACAUCUCAAGUAGUGUAUAAUUACGUGAAUUCGUAUAAUAAAUUGGAUAAAAAUAUGAUUAUCUCGGAUAAAUUUCUGGUUUAUUAUCUGUUGAUUAAAGCAAUAGUUUUCUCAUAAGAUCUCAAGAUCUUUCAACUAUCAACAAGAAUCUUAGAUAAAAUUACUUAAUUAAUAAUAAACCUUAACAUAAACCUUAAACAAAUUAAAAUUCUAAAGUUUAAAAUUUAGAUUCUAAAACUACUCAUUAAAUAAGUUAUUAAGGAAGUUUUGAUAAAAUUAAUUUUAAUAGAUUAUAAUUUAAUAAUCAAGGAGAAGUGUCUUCUUUGAAAGCUGAAAACUCCAUUAAAGCAGGAGAACAAACUAAAAGAUCUAAUCAAGAAUAAUCACCUUUAAGGAACUCAUAAUAAUCAUAAACUAUUUAAAAAGUUUAUUCUUAAAUAGAAGGUUUUGCUAAUUUUGUUUAAAAAUAAUAAUAAUCUUAUUAGAAAUAGCAAAAACUAAAUUAUAGUUAAAAGUCAAAUUCAUAAAGGAAAGUUAAUGCAAAUUUUAAUUCAACUGAUUGUCAAUUUAGAUUACCAAGUAGAUAGAGUUCAAAUUAAAAAUAAUCUGCUGAUUUGUAGUCUUAUUAAGUUAAUUUCUUGUAACUUUAUUUAUAUCUAUCAAUAGAAGAACCAGAGUGGCAUCCCAAUUAUAAAAAUAUGAUGAUGAUUAUAAGAGUAUCAAACAUGUACAUUUAUAAUCUUAGGUAAGCAACCUUUAGCAACAGAUAGAAUUCAAAGAUCAAGUGUUUUUAAUGUGGGAGAGAAAAGCUAAUAGAAAUCUUCAUCUAAAAAUAUGUAAAGAAUAAUAUAAAUUUAGAUAAAAAAUGCCUUAGAAAUUCACUUAAUAUGCAUUAGCAACAUUGAGAAAUCUUUAGGUGAAAAAUUCUGAGGUAAAGAAAAAAUAAAUAGUUAAUGCAAUUAAUACACAAGGACCUAUACUGAAUUCUUAACUAUUGCACUAUAGAACUAAAUCGUAGGAUGCUGUAGGAACUUAUAAAGGAUCUCCUCCAAAAUAACCAUAACGUCAUGAUAAUUCAAAAGAUCCAUUAAAAAUUGCAAAUAACAUUUGUGUGUAAGCGUCUUCUAAAAAAGGAGGUGGUGUAUACAAUAUCAACUAAAAUAAUAUAGUUAAUAUUUAUAUUGAAGAUUUGAAAUCUUCAGCUAAAAUCAAGUAAGGUGGAUCAUAAACUGCUCGAAUAAACAGUCCUUUAAAAAAUAAUCCUAAAGGUAUUUUCGAAGUCUAUAACACUUAAAGAUGUAAUUAAAGUCCUGGAAGUAAAAAAAUGGUAUGA